GUGCUUCUUCUUCUUUUUUUUUUUUUUUUUUUUUUAAAUUAUUGCAGAAAGCUUUCUCAUCUGUGGAAAGCUAAUGAUGGCAGGAAACCCUAGCUGGUGGAACAUGCAUCCACCAUCACAGCAGCCUUCUUCUUUGUUAUCUUCAUCUCUUUCUCCAUCUCUCUUCCCUUCUCAAUAUGUGCUCGGAUCUUCUUCUUCUUCUUCUUCUUCAUUCCCUUUCAAUUCUUUGCCUGAUAACCAAGAACUUCCUCAGUCAUGGAGCCAACUGCUUUUGGGUGGUUUGCCAGGAGAAGAAGAUAGGUUUUGCCUGAGUCACUUCCAAAACAAGAAGUUGGAAGAUUGUGAAGACCAAAUUUUGAAUCCAUAUCCAAGGGUUUCUGUAGUUGCUGAUAUAAAGCGAGAAGUUUCUCGAAAGAGCAACUUGUACGGUCAUGGAGAUGAAGAAUUUCAGCUGCCAAGACCUACCUGGUCACCAGCAAUCCCAGUUUCCUCCCCUAGGUCUUGUGUUACAAGUCUAAGUAGUAAUGUACUCGAAUACUCUUUUAACAAGCCAGAUACGAGGAAUCAACAUCCAGAUCAAUCAUCUGAGUGCAAUAGCACAGCCACCGGUGGAAUGUGCAAGAAGCCUAGGGUUCAGCCGUCUUCAAGCCAACAACCUCUAAAGGUAAGGAAGGAGAAGUUGGGUGACAGAAUCACAGCCCUUCACCAGCUAGUUUCCCCAUUUGGGAAGACUGACACAGCUUCUGUCUUGUUAGAAGCUAUUGGAUAUAUAAGAUUCCUUCAGAGUCAAAUUGAGGCCCUUAGCUCCCCUUACUUGGCCACUGCAUCAUCAAACAUGAGCAACCAGCAGUCUGUUCAAGGAGAAAGGAAUUCUGUUUUUCCUGAAGACCCAGGUCAGCUGUUGAAUGACAUCUGCCUCAAAAGAAAAGGAGAUCGUAACCAGCAGGAUAGCAAUGAGAAGCCAAAGGACUUGAGGAGUAGAGGGCUGUGCUUGGUUCCUGUGUCUUGCACCCACCAUGUUGGAAGCGAUAAUGGUGCUGACUACUGGGCUCCGGCGAUCGGUGGAGGGUUUUGAAGCUCCCUCUCUUUUUUUUUGUUUGGAUGGACUUGGAGCAUUUAAUUGAAUGAUAUAACAUCAUGAGCAGUCACCCUGCAGCAAUCUAAGGCUAAUUGCUCUUGAUGCUAUGUGUUCUAAAGAUUGGAAAAUGCCCAAUUAAUUAAGGUAAUACUCUUCUGGUGUUGCCUUAAUUAAUUCGUCUAUGUUAUAGAGCUUCAUGUCUAUGAAGCUUAUUAAUGAAUGUACUUAUUAAGAAAAUUAGCAUUACUUCUUUUCUC